AUGACGGAUAUUUUGGUAACCUCUCGUUCGGUCCACUCACUUUUGCGAACAUUUCCUUCAAUUGCUGUGAAGAGGAACAUCAAAAGUUUUCGUCCGAAAUUUUUAUGUCAAAGAUACGCUCCGCAACUUAGUACCGAUGCUUCGAUUAAACAAAAAACAUUUUCAAAUCAAAAGAAUAUUCCACGCUUACCCAUUCCAACUCUCCAGGAAACUAGCGAACGUUAUAAAAAGACGUUGAUUCCAUUGUUAUCAACUCAAGAUUAUAAUAGAGCUGCAGCUGCUGUAGAUGAAUUUAUGAAAAGUGGAGGUCUGGCUGAAAUUCUGCAGGCAAGACUUCAUGAACUUGAUAAAAUUGAGCCG